GUUAAUGAUGGCUGCUUUGUUAGUAAGGAACCGGUUACCGACUCAUUAUAAAGCUAAGUAGCUCUUGAUGCUUGCGCAGAAAUUCGAUUACCUCUCCGCAAAUUGAGAAUGUCAGAGAUCGCGGGUCCUGCAGCUAUUGCACUGGCAUCAUUAUGUCCUGACGACGUAAAUUUCCUUCGGUCGCUCCCCAAGGCAGAACUUCAUGCUCAUCUUAACGGAUCUAUCCCCAUCAAAACAAUACUGGAACUUGCCCAGCAGUACUCACCUCCUUCCAGCGCACAGGCUAUUGAGAACAAAGCUAUCGCAGACACUAUCGAUAAACUCAAGUCUGGAGUCUCCUUGAACGAAAUAUCUGACUUUUUCUUGUUGUUCCCCGCCAUCUACGCGUUGACCUCGACUCCGAAAGCUGUUACGAUCGCUACGCGUGCAGUCCUCCAGUCGUUCCUGAACCCCGCGGGUGAUGGCGUGGAACAACCACAAUGCACGUACCUCGAACUGCGGACAACACCUCGCUGCACGACGCAUAUGAUGCGAGAGACGUACCUCUCAGCCGUGCUUGAUGAAGUAGAGAUGUAUCCUGCCACUAAAGCCGCCCUGAUCGUGUCCAUCGAUCGUCGCAUGGGUGACUCGGAUAUUGAAGAAUGCAUCAAUCUUGCCAUUGAGUUGAAGAACAGGGGCAGAAGAGUCGUUGGCAUCGAUGUAUGCGGGGAUCCGCGGAGUGGCAAUAUGAAGCUUUUCACUGAUCAUAUCUUACGAGCCAAGGGAGCUGGCCUUGGACUGACUGUGCACAUUGCAGAGACUACAGAGAAUACAGUGGAUGAUUGCCUGACGCUCCUUGGUUGGCGUCCAGAUCGACUCGGGCACGCGACAUUCCUUUCGGAUGAACUCAAGGCUUUUGUGUUUGCGGAUAUCCCGCAACCAGGGGAUUAUGACUCGUUGCCCGACUGUACUCCGAGCGCAACAAACACUCACGCAGUCAGAAAUCCCUAUCCGAGUCGCCAUGCACGCAUUCAAUUGCGAGCUGCGAUCGAGGCUAUCGAAGAGGUACUCAAAGAAGGGGGGCCACCCGAUAGAUGGGAUAGGAAAGGACGGUACCAGCCAUGCAUCGAGAUAUGCUUGAGUUCCAAUCUUCUAUGCAAAACUGUAGCUUCCCUCGACGCGCAUCAUAUUCGCUAUUAUCUGAAAAACGACCAUCCUAUCGUCAUCUGUACCGACGACACACUCCCUUUCCGAACGUCUUGCCUUGGAGAGUAUGCUUUGCUUCUUGCGCAGCCUCCGCUAGGCCUUGGCUUGAGCAGAGACGAUGUAGCUAGAGUGGCACAGAUGGGCAUGGAUGCUGCAUUUUUGAGACCCCGUGAUUGAAUUAGAUUCCAGUCCCGGGUACGAAGUCGAAAUUAGAUGAAGUACGACUCUAGAAUACCAGUACUACAUAU